UCUUCCUUCACGCCAAGCGAAGAUUCGGUGUCCGGAUGUGGUAUGCGAUCGCUCGUUGAUGCGCGGAUACCGUGCCGGCGGGAUGAUGUCUCGCUAACCCACGUCUUUCCUCGCCAGUUCUGGGAACAGUCUUGGAUCAAAAAGGACCCAGGGACCAAAAGAUUGGUGUUUGUCUGCAUGGCUUCUACGUACUUCGUGACCCUGGCGUUCUGUGCCGCACUAUGUGCGCUGCUCGGUUUCACUGCCAAGCUCCGCGAAAGGCUGUACUCUAUUACUGUGCAAGUCUUGUCUUCGGUAAUAAAUGCGUAUCUCUUAUGGGCUCAUCCUAUCAGAUCCUCGAACGGUUCGCAAAGUAUACCGACAUGCCCGUACCAGUGGCCCAAUGGCCAAGGCGACGUAGCAAAAUUUCUUGAAGGCGAGAAGAACAGUGAGCGAUGGAGCAAGAAGUACGGCGGCGUAUAUCGAAUCUGGAAUGGGAUGACACCAGAAGUCGUGGUCAGUCACCCUGAAGACAUCCAAACUGUUUUCAAGGACUCAGACAAACAUCGAAAAGCCAUCAACAACAACGCUGGUUGGCUAAUGGGCGAACUGCUUGGGAAAUGUGUGGGUCUGAUAAGUGGUGAAGACUGGCAGAGGUUGCGCUCUGUGACCAAUCCUCCAUUCACUCAUAAAAGUUCCACACAUUAUAUCCCAGCGAUCAUCCGGAUGGUUGACGAAGAAUUCCGGUCGCUCCAAGAGACCACCAACUUGAAGAGAGGCUUGAUCAAUCCUGUCGCAGACCUCCGAUAUAUCCCCUUCUGGAUAAUAGCCGAAAUCAUCUAUGGCAAGCUCAACACAGAACAGCGACGCGAGCUGAUGGAUAUCGUGCCACUGCGAGAAGAAUUAUUCAAGCGUAUGAUUCAGGGUGGAACUACUCGUUUGGCUUGGAGCCGUUAUCUGCCGUUACGCAUCAAUAGGGAUCUCAGAGAGUUCAAAAACCGCUGGACAGCGUUUAACACGAAGCUGUGCAUCAGUCAGAAAUCGAACGGUAGCUCAGCUCCUAUCGUCGAAAUGUACGACGCGAUGGAACGUGGCGAGGUUAACCAGGAGGAACUAUUGCAGACGCUGGACGAGAUGCUUUUUGCGAAUCUGGAUGUUACGAUGGGAGGGUUGUCCUGGAAUCUGAUGUUUCUCGCCAGCAAUGCCGAGGCGCAGGAUGACAUCCGGAAAGAGAUUCCGCUGCUCAACGACAUGCAUCAUGACGGAACAAGCUGGGAGGAAUAUAUCAAAGACCCAUCGACUUUACUGGCCGCAUCAGUCUUGGAAUCGGCAAGGCUCAAACCACUUGCAGCAUUUUCGGUGCCUCAGUCCGCUCCAACAGCUCGGACGGUCGGAGGUUUCGUGAUUCCUCCCGGGACGAACUUCAUGGUCGACACUCAUUCAUUGAACAUUCACAACCCGUUUUGGGGAGAUGACCGAGAGCUUUAUCGGCCUUCAAGAUUCCUCGAUCGGAAACCAUCGGAAAUCCGGUACCAUUACUGGCGGUUUGGGUUUGGUCCGCGGCAGUGCAUGGGCAAGUAUGUGGUUGACUUCCUUAUCCGGGCGAUUUUGGCGCAUCUCUUGGCCAACUAUCAACUUAGCCUUCAUGAGGACAGCAGGUGGACGAAAAAUCCUGAGACUUGGAUCUCUCACCCGGAUACGAAGAUCCGCUGCGAGAGAUUGACGGCCAACACCUGAGUUGCUUCUUAUUUUUGUAUUCCUGUACGGGCUUUAAUAUAGUUGAAAUUGAAUACGGAACGUAUUGCGGGGUACCAGACACUGCAGGGCGUGGCACUGUAAUAUAUGUUGCAC